AUGAGCCAUCAUCGUAUAUCUCCAAAGAAUUCAGACUCUACGCCGUCUUUAGUUGGUAUAUCUGUAAGAAGCAUCAACGACAGCGAAAAUCCUGAUUUUCAGGACGAGUCAUCAGGUCCUGGAAUGCAUCCGGUAAGCUCUUCCCUUGUUUUGAACAAGAUUCAGUCACAGCCGCAUGUCGCUAAUAAUGGACCAUAUACUUCAGUCGAUGAUUUGAACCGGGAAGGUGCACUUUUGACUGAUGAAGUUGACUUGGACCAGGUUAUUAAUGCUACUGAACAAUUAAGUACUGAUGAGGAUAAGCACAGAAAACUUAAAGAAUUGAAGAAAAAGAAGCAAUUACAGAAACAGAAAAAUAAAAUGUCCUCUUCUUCUUCUAACUUGAGUAUUUCUUCCAUCGCUAGCGGAGAUUCAAGAUCCCUGAUUACUUCAACGGAUCCUAUGGAUGAUCAAAUCAAUAUAACAUCAUCCUUAGAAAAGAGUCAUAGAAACAGGCGCGUUCCUGCGCAAGUUUCUGUUCACGGGGAACCUGAACGUGAUGAGGCUAUUAGAAACUCUUAUGGUGCAUUCAUUAGAAACCAAAGCCACAGACCACAUUUAGCUGCUGGUGACUCUUAUCAAUCGUUUCACGAAAAUGAGUCGUCUUUCGACAAUGCUGAAGAUGAACGUUCAGGGAGACGUGCUCACCGAUCCGUUGAUAAAAAGGCUUCAACAGAUUAUCUAAGGUCUUUAUCGAGAUCUUUAAGUCGUGAUCCUGCAAAGAAGAAGCAGUCGAUGGCCACUGCCAUUAGUGCUGACGAUAACAAGAGGUUUUACUCUACAAACAAUUACUCAAUUUCACAGGCCGACAUAGAGAAUGCUCCUCAUAUUGUACAGGAAACUCUAGCUGAAGAAGAGGAAGAAGAAGGUGAAGAAGGAGCCUUGAUGAAUGAUCAAGGUAAUGAGGAGUUUUCACAAGAUUUGCAGGAUGCCGCAUUGUCUGCUGAAAAGCGCGAAGCGAGGCAAGAUUGA